ACACAUGAGGAAAUAUGUGGGAAGCGGAAGUGGUUGACGACUGUUAGCAGCGGUUAUCUUAAAACCAGAGGUACUUUACAAGUUUCGCUUUACCAUGGAAGACGAGAGCUGUCAAGGAUAAUUGUGCUAAUGGCCCAGUGAUUACUGACGUUUUUCCCAGCAGCAUUUUCUCUUAAAUGUAUUUGUUUUUGAAGAUUAGAUCCGACAUUUAUGUCCCGUGUUUUGCCAAAUACUGUUACCAGGUUAAAUGCUUCUCAUCGCCCAUAAACAUGAUAUAGGUUAACGGCUAUAAGCCUAUGAGAGAUUCAUAUUAGGAUUUGAAACAUGGCUAUGGUAACAAAAUAAUAACACAUUGGCCACAAAGUACGAUUGCCAAACUGAUUAUUACCUCAAGUUCAGUGAUAUAUUUACAUUAGAAAUAUAUGUACACUCAGGCCUAAUAAAUCGGAUCUGUUUGGUAAGGAUAUCUAUGGAUGGAUUAUAUAUUUUUUAACUCCCAGUGAUUUAGGCCGUAUUUGUAUGGCUUUUUGAGUUUCUUGUGGCCUUUCAAAGGUUCAGGGAAUAAUUUCCGGGCAUGAUGGACUGUAAGAGCAGUCUGUUCCACCUUCUAUAGGAUGAAUUUCCAGCAUUUUAACGAUGUGGAACAAUAUUUACGCUUUGGAACUCACAGACAAGACCAUCAGAACCAAAGCCAUAUAAGAAGAGCAAGUAAACAUUUUUUCUUGAAAGAUGACGGUCUUUGGCAUUUUGAUGGCCGACGGCAACGCAAAGUCCUACGCAGCCCGGAAGAAGUGAAGUAUGUGCUCAAACAAUACCACAAUGAGGAGAGACACCAGAGUAGGAGGGUGACUAUCAAAGAGGUGACAGGACUUUUCUACUGGGGUUCCAUGAGAAAAGAUGUAAACAAAUGGGUUGACAACUGUGAAGGAUGCCGUCAGAUCCGUCAAAAAUAUUGCCCUGCCCCAAAGUCAAAUUACUGCAUUUGCUAUGGAUGUGAGAGUAGCCUGGUAUCAAACAGUGAAGACGAGAGCCUGACCUUUCACAGGUUCCCCAUAAGUGAUGACGAGAGAUUCAAGCUUUGGAUCUCCUAUACCAAACGGGAUCCAUGGUCUCUAACCCAAACAUCUGUCCUGUGCUCCAAGCACUUCACAGAGGACUGCUUUGAUCACUCAGGAGAGAGUGUAUCUCUCAAACCCGAUGCAGUCCCCACUGUGGCAAUGGCAUCAGACAUUCAACAGGAGAGCAAUGAAGAUGACGCUGACCCUUCCCAAGACCUGACAGAAGAUCAUAUAGAGCAUCCGUAUGCGAUGGAUUCAGAGAGGGCGGAGUUGGGGGGUUUGGGCGAUCUACUGUGGGAAAAUGACCCAAACAGCAGGAAGGAUCCUGCUUUCUCCAGGUAUGAUGCAGUGGAGCGGUUCUUGAGGACAGGGACAUUUUCAAAGGAGUUGAUUCCGGACAUGAAGCACUAUAUCAGAAGAUCCUCAAAGCGCUUCUGUCUGGAAGGUGAUGUUCUGUACUACUGCGGAAGAACUGGACUCCGAAGAGUGCUUCGAAGUCGAGUGCAAGUCAAUACGGUGUUGAGGGAACAUCACGAUAACCAAGGUCAUUAUGGCGCACACCGAUGCAUGAAAAACAUCACUGAGAAGUUCUACUGGGGAACUCUGAUAAGGGACAUACGACUGUGGGUUGGCAACUGUCAACUCUGCCUGAAUAUGGAUGAAACAUCCCAGAACUUUCACUGCUCUGUGAAGGGCUGCUACACUCAAAAUGGGCCGGUGGAGAGAAGUCUGGGCCUGACCUUUCAUCGGUUUCCUUUCGAUGACCCCGAGAGGCUCAGCCAGUGGAUCAAAAACACAAACAGAAGCACGUGGUCUCCACACACCAGAUCAGUGGUCUGCUCCAAUCAUUUCACUGAAGACUGCUUUGAGCUUGUUGGCAGGGAGAAGCUGCUGAAAAGUCAUGCUGUUCCCACCUUGUUACUUGGCCAUUCUCGUAUAGAGGAAGCACAGGGCUCAGAUGUGGAAAAUAACUUGGAAAAUACCCAACACACCUUUUUCUCAAAAUACGACGCUGUGCACAAAUACUUGAGCGAAGGCGCCUAUCCUCAAGGUUUGAAUGGUGUGGAAAAAAAUACACUGCGGAGACUCUGUCAACGAUUUGCUGUACAUGAUGGUGUGCUUUUUUUCACCACAAAUUGCAACCGACGCAAAGUGGUCAGGAACAAAGAGGAUGUCCAGGCCACCCUCACGGCGUACCACAAUGAGAUGAACCACCUGGAAGUGGACAAGUGCAUCACGCUCAUCUCCAAGCACUUCCACUGGGGCUCGCUGAGGGCCGAUGUCCGAUGUUGGAUCCAGAGGUGUGAGGAGUGCUCUGCUGCCCGUGCGCCUGCCCCACAGCCCUGUGCCAGUCCAGCCAGUCUAGAAUGCGAUGACCAUGAAUAUUUCAGCCAGACCCAGGCUUCAAGUCCUUUAGCCACAGACACGGCCAGCUCAACAGCUGGGGACGUGGAACAAGUCAAGGCUGUUGCUCAGGCAGAGCCAGUGGAAUCAGUUCACCUGGGCUCUGGCACAUCUGGGUAUCAUGCUGUUAAGAGAGGUGCUCCUCUGGAUAGCGCCGGACUUCCGCCAAAGAAGCGUAGAAAAGAUGGAGAUGUGCUCCCCAUGUCCAGCGCCUUACAGAAUUCCCAGGUUCAUUUGGAGAAGGUUUUGCCAGUGCUGGACAGGAUGGAGCCUUUGCGUGCAAGGACAGUUUUGCAACAGUGCUCACAGCCCUGUGCCAGUCCAGCCAGUCUAGAAUGCAAUGCCCAUGAAUAUUUCAGCCAGACCCAGGCUUCAAGUCCUUUAGCCACAGACACGGUCAGCUCAACAGCUGGGGACGUGGAACGAGUCAAGGCUGUUGCUCAGGCAGAGCCAGUGGAAUCAGUUCACCUGGGCUCUGGCACAUCUGGGUAUCAUGCUGUUAAGAGAGGUGCUCCUCUGGAUAGCGCCGGACUUCCGCCAAACAAGCUUAGAAAAGAUGGAGAUGUGCUCCCCAUGUCCAGCGCCUUACAGAAUUCCCAGGUCCAUUUGGAUAAGGGUUUGCCAGUGCUGGACAGGAUGGAACCUUUGCAUGCAAGGACAGUUUUGCAACAGUGCUCACAAGCAAUAAUUCAAAUACAUAAUGCAAGUUACAAAAGGAUUGAUGCUGGCUUAGUGAUAUAUUUGAGUUUUUCCAAAGAAGCCACAGAGGAUAUUAUCCCAAAGAUGGUGAGGACCUUGCUGGGGGCCAAGUUGUUCCAUGUCGGAGGAGGAGAACCCUCAUCUGUGCUUGAUCUUCCCGGGAGUGUUCUCAUAGUUCCACAAGACUCCCUUACAGGAACACUGAAAGACUGCAAGUUUAAGUAUCUUCAGAGAAUUGAUGCUUUCAAUGGACAGCGGCUUUACAAGAACUUUGUGUCCCAGUGUGAGAGAGCUUUGGCAUCUUCCAAAAGGAGUGUGGAAGCCAAAUGUAUUGUCAAGUAUGGGGUUUACGGUCAGAAACAGACCAUUUACCUCAGUUCAGAUGACCCACUCACUCAUGUUGUGGAAUUCUAGAAACACUUGUCGUUCAGAAGUUCUAUGUGGACAGAAAUGGUUGUGUGGAGUUUUACACUAUUUUUUUUGCAGUAUCUGAAAAUAUUUGGUGUGUAAUAUGUGAAAAUCAAAUAAAAAAUCAGAUGGUACAGUG